AUGGGUCCGUUGACCUCCAAUGGGGAUUCCCGCGUCGACAACUCAACGUUCGUUCGCGUUAGCGAGAAACACGGCAACAUGCACCCCGACGACCGAAGUCCGACACAACAAUGCGGCGGCGAUACACAACAGUUGGUUCCCCACGAGCAACGUGGUAUAGAACGGGCGUUCACGGAUUCACGCCACAAAAAACCGACACACGAGGUCGUAAACACUGAAAAGGCCACGCGAACGGCGCCGACACAUACGGCGAUGACAGACAGGUCACCGACACACCAACGGCGGACACGUAUGGCGCUCCCUCGAUAA